UCGAGCGAGGCAACAUCUUAGUGUAUUCCAAAAAUGUUUUCAGUUGAGCAAACUUACUCGAGACUUUUUAGACCGUGGGACAUUUGUGACGAAAAAAAUGAAAAAUGUGAAAAAAUACAUUUAGAAGAAUCCAAAAACAAGAAAAGAAAAGUGGACGAAGCUAAGAGAGAAAAUCGUUUACGAAAAAUUCGUGGGACAUUCAAGAAGGAAUCUAACCUUCAUCAAGAUGCUACCGUCUCUACUACAACGAAAGAUGAUGAAGAUAACGUUUCUAAAGGAAAAUUAUCAGAAAGCGACUCACCAGUGGCUAACCUUACCUUGUGCUGCGAUAGGCUCCUUCAAGAACCAGAAAAAAUCAACACCAAGCCUAAUGAAACUCCGAAGAGCGUUCAAACAGUAUUACCUCCUAGUCUACCUCAUUACCCGGGAUAUGUGCCUGAUUACUUUCCUACAGACAUAGCUCAGGCACUAGGUGUUCCACCUACGGACCCAUUACUACUUGAAUCUCUUGCUCACGGCUACGCAGUGGAGCUAGAAUACGCCAGGAUACUCCAGCAAGAAAACGAAGCCAAACUCCUUAACGCUAGAAAGCAAAGACCAAAGAAAUACAAGUGCCCUCACUGCAACGUCGGCUUCUCAAACAAUGGUCAACUCAAAGGCCAUAUCAGGAUUCACACUGGCGAACGACCAUACAAAUGUGAUGAGAAGAACUGUGGAAAGACCUUCACGAGGAACGAAGAGUUGACUAGACACAAAAGGAUUCAUUCUGGGCUUAGACCGUUUCCUUGUCCUACGUGUGGAAAGAAGUUUGGCAGAAGAGAUCAUUUGAAGAAACAUACUAGAACUCACUACAUCCAAGCUGAGCGAAUGAUGCCGGUAUUUGUUCCACUGUCUGCUGUUCCACAUGUCGCAGGAUAUCCUUAUCUCUACGGCUACUGACAAAAAAAUUACAAAAAUUGAUUGAACAUUUACGAAAUAGUAAGGCUGAAUACCUUGCUUGAUUCCGCCAUGAUACUAUUGACUGUGAACCAAGUCAUCUUACAUUUGGCGUAGAAGUCGAUUGAUUGCUGGAGAUUCAAUGAAUUUUUGUCUUAAGAUGUUAAUGCGAUGGUGUGAUAAAUUAUUAUAGAAAUUUCGCACAUAUUAUUAAAGUUUCAAAAGAUAAUACUUAUACAUUUUAGGUGAAUGGAAUUUAAUUGGGAUUUCAUUUUAUGACAACGUUCAUAAUUUGCUUAAACUUUAAAAACAAUAAUUAUAUUAGUUUAAUAACACAAAAUAUGUUUUAUAUGAAACGUUAUGAAUUGUAAUUUAAUUAUAAUUGUAAAUAUAGUAGGUAAUGUAAAAGAGUAUUGCGAUUUAAAACAGGCGAAUGUCUUGUAUAUUUUUGUACGAUAUUAUCAUGGUUUUCAAAUAAAAAUAUAUUUUUACCUUAU